AGGUAUGUUUGUUUGGGAAGCCUGUGUGGACUUGCAGCACUGUACUUUUCGGGGUGGUUGGGGUGUUUCACGAAUUGAUAAAACUGAAACUAAUGGUAAUGUGUUUAACGAAACGAAAUUUUUACGACAAAGCCCGAAAGCGAGACUUAAAGGACUAAAAAGGCUGGUUGGUACUUGACAAUUAGCUUAGUUGUUUGUAAAUUUCACUAUUGCAAAGGUUUAUAUUGUUAUAACCAUUUAGACAAGUGAUAUCAAAUAGUAAAUAUUACCGACUAAGUUUGAGUUUGACGUGUUAGACGCGUCAGGUAUAUAUUUUUGUUUUAGGGCUUGGUGUCAGCUAGGUUAGUUAGUUAGCCUCUCCUGGGAGGACCGUUUGUAUUAUGGUUGCCCCUAACAACAGAAUGAUGCUUUACGCCUUGCAGACAGUCUAGACAAGAGCAUUUGUCAGGUUAUGGUCUGUGGAGGCAAAUUAUUUCAACAUGAAUGAUAUAUAUUACAGCAUUGUUUUAUUUCUAUCACCAGGGUUAUGGCUGAGCAUUUAAACAGGUACACAUUUUCUUAUAUUAGCUGUUGUACACUGGUUCAACUCUCUGGCUGUACAUAGAAAUAGACGAAGAUGGGACGUUUUUCAAGGGCAUUAAGAGGAAACGCACAAAGAUAUACCAUCAUUGAAGAGGGAUACACCAGUCAUUCAUGCAAAUUGAGUUACGGUUGGUGAGACUGUAAAUAUGCCUCCAGCAUCAGCAGCACAAGGAAUAAUUCCUAAUUUAGACAGAGGCUUGGGCUUUAGUUUGCUGCUGGGAACUGACUAUGAAAAGAGAAAACAGAAACUUCAGCAGGAGCUUCAGCUUGACUAUAAACAAUAUGUUGCCAAGAAAAAGGAUCCAAAUCCUAGAGAACUUCAUCCACAAAUACAGGGUCUCUCCUUACCUAUUGAUGAGAAGAUAUCAGCUAAGGAAAAACUGAGAGAGGAGAGAAAAAAAGAAUACAACCUCUUCCUCCAGGAAAAAACUCAAAUCAGAAGAUUGAAGAGAGGAACACCUCCUGUUACUUCUAAGCCUGGACAGGUUCAAGCUUCAGAUGCUGUACGCAUCUUUUCUCCAGCUUCUCAUCUACCCAUCCUCAACACCCACACAAACAUACCCCCUCCUUCCAGGGAGUGCCCUGCAUCCAGGAGAGAUGCUGCCACUCUUACUGAUGCAGUGGAUAAUGGAAAAAGCACUGGGACUUGGGAACCAGGCUAUCGGGGGCGAAGACGUUGGCAAAUCUGUAGACCAAAAGAGCUCUAUACCUCUGAGGAGGAGCUAUUCACAGACAAAGAGGAGGAGCUGGAGUUCAGACACAGGAGGAGAAAGCACAGACACACCCCAGAGCCUGUGUACAAAGAGGAGAGGAGAAUCAGAGAACACAGAACUAACACAGCUCCUCUGGACAUAAAGGAGGUGGAGGCCCCUGGCGUUCAUGAUCAGAACAACAAUGACUGGCUUUGGAAGUCAGACCUCCAAACAGACAGCAUGAGGAUGGCUGCAAGAUCUAGACCUGCUAGCAGCAAAGAUAAAGCUGAGUUUGCUACUGGAUUACUAAUUGGGGCAACAGAAGAGCAGACGGCCUCUCGGUUGAGGAAAGAACAGUAUAUGCAGGAGCUUCAAAAACAAAUGGCAGAACAACAGAGAAACAAGAUGAGGGAGAAGAGACUUGAGCUAAGGGUUGCAGCCACUGGAGCCACAGACCCUGAAAAAGAGCCUGAUCGGCUUAAGCAGUUUGGAGCUGUAAAUCGCCAAUAUGACAGCUGGAUACGAGAUGUUCCCUACAAGCUCAGAAUAGAUCUACAGGCCAUAGGGAAGGACCCAAAUCCAAGGCCAAAAGAUAACAAACCUACUGAAGACACAGAACAGAGAGACCUCCUGGGAAAUUCCCAGGUGGACUACAGUACAGCUCUCAGUCAGCUGGCAGGAAACACGGUGCCUGGGUCUGUGACGGGAGCAGCACAAGGUGUCCCUUCACUGGACUAUUUUAAUGAGGACUAUCACAGGAACUUCUCAAACAUGCUUGGAGAGGUGGCCAUUCCAAGGGUUGCUGGUGUUCCUCCUCCAAUACCUCCCACUGUAACUAAUAAUUACAAGACUCCAUAUGAUGCACCCUAUUACUACUAUGGAACAAGAAAUCCAUUGGAUCCUAAUCUUCCUCACUAUCAAAAUGAUCUGCCUGGAAGGGUGCAGCAGUCUGGGAAUGUCCAGAGUUCUCCUCAGAAACCACCUCCUCUCGGACCCAGUCGCUGCAUUGACCUGUCUGCUUCUAGAGCAACUGAUCAGUAUAGAGCGUCACCCCUGGAUAUUGGAGAGUUUCCUGUAGACAAGUCCAAGCAGAGGAAAGAGAGUGCACUGAGCUACCAGGAAGCACUAAGGCAGCAGAUCAAAGAAAGAGCAGAGCGUAAAAGAAGAGAAAAAGAAGAAAAGGAGCGAUAUGAUGCCAAGGUAGAGGCCGAGAUGAAGGCGUACAACCCCUGGGGGCGAAGUGGGGGUGGUGCUCCGAUUAAAGACCAAAAUGGCAACCUUUUUCAUGACUUGAAUCAAAGGAACAAGAUCAAUAAGGAGUCAUGUAGGAAUCCUGUGUUCAAGAAUAGUGAACAGACACAAAACGUUUUGAUGAGGAACGGAGACACUCCUGGAGUUGAGGCCAGCACUCCCAUCUCCCCACAACUAUCAGGAUUAAAUGAUCAGACAACUCAACAGCAGCUCCCCAUGCAGGACAGAUACAGAGAAGCCCUGGAACAACAGAUAGAGGAAAACAAAAGAAAGCAGGCAGAGGAAAGGGAACGAAUGAGGAUUGAGGAGGAGAACGAAGAGAGGAGGUUGGCAGAGCAAAGGGUUCGCAUACAGCGGGAAUAUGAGGAGGAGCAAAAGAAGAAAAAGAGGGUUGAGCACAGGCUGGAGAACCAAAGCUGGAUCAAUGAACCUAAGACACAUCGUCACAAUGAGGAAAAGAAGAGGAGACAGGAACAAGAGACUGAGAAGAGGUUACCUGAGGUAACCAGGGACAGAGAGGAAAAACGGACGCAGUUGAGUUAUGAGAGAGAGCCAUCUCCUCCCAUCCCAGCCUUGCAAAAGAAACGGACAAACCUUGUGGCAUCCAGCCCUCCCUCUCCCUCUGUUGUGAGCCAAUUCUCCUCCAGGACUGAGCGCACUGUGUCAGCACCACACUACCAACCAGUCCCUGAGGAAAUACCCCAGCUACAAGAUGGUCAACAGGAAGUGAUCAGAGAGCUGUCAGCCCUCCGUAGGUACCUGAGGAAAGAGCAGAGACAACUGGAGGUUCAGCUGGGCCAAACAGAUCAACAGGAGAGUCACUACACUCCCCCCAGCAGGCCCAGAAGACGUCCCAGAGUGGAUGCCUUUGAACCAGCGCAUCAAGCUGACCAGCCAUCAACUGCAAGAAUUUACUCUGAUGCUGCAGGUGUCAACAUGCAAAACAUCAGGGAGUUCAACCAACUUAAAUACAGAGACACCUCAUCCCGUGAGGAGGUCCUUCAAAUGUACCCUGACCCUCCGACUGACGCACAAAGUCUAGACAUCCAACAGCAGGCACUUCUACGUGAACAACGACGCAAAAUUAGGCUCAUGAAGAGAGAAGAAGAAGAGCACGACUUUUUGGACCAGCAACUGAGCCAUUAUAAUCCUAGGAACAAACCUGGGCACUUCAUCCACAGAGACUCCAUGUUGCCAUCUGAGACUGCUUUUAUUGAUGUUUACAGUGGUGAUGCAUGUGAAGAGCGAGUUGAUCAGCAGAGAUCCCCUCAGCCCUCAGCACAGCAUCGGGAGAGGACAGUCCCACGGAGGAGACAUGACGAUGAUAUUUCUGUGGAUCAGAGGGAGCAUGAGACCCAAACAUACGCUCAGUCUCUGCCGUCAUCGACCAGUCUGAACGAUGAGGCCAAGGUCAGAACACACAACCAGCGCCGCAUCACGAGACAAGACUCGCACACUGGGGAACAUAACAGCAAAUCAGAGAGGCUGUCUGGUGAUGAAAGGGAUGUCUCAUCUCUGCAUUCUGCUCUGGAGAGGCGUGUCUCUGUGGAGACUGUUGCCACAGAGCCCUGGCUGCGGCCUGGCACUUCAGCUUCUGUAAAACGCUCAGCCCGUAGAGAGAGGCCAAACAGAGGGAUGGAUGCUCCGCCGUGGCUGACAGACUGCGUCACAUAGCUCUCAUUACAUGAUCUCCAAGGAUGGGAAACUGCACUGAGUGAGGCUUGCCAACCUCCCUUUUCUGUAGAUGCAGGUGGUGGUGGAGAAAGAAUAUCCCUGCUUCAUGAUGCUUGAAUCACUUAACACCGUCUUACAUGUUAAAUAUGGGUUUUGGUUACAUUAGUUCAAAAGCUUAUGAGAGACCAGAAUCGUCCAGUAUAAAUAUUGAUGUCUGUUAGAUUAGACAAGAACCAGCUUAUUCAAAACUCACUGUGGUCAGUUCCUCUCUGCAGGAAAAGAGCACUUUUUACUGAGCCACACACAAUUAACGGCUUCGACUUAGCCUAUGCAUGUUUGAUAAGGUGAAUAUCUGUGAAUGUACCAUAGACAUAUGUACUGUACAUUUUAAUGUAGUUAUUUUAGUUAUAAAUACACACUGUAGAGUAUUAUUUUAUGAUAAAAAAUAUUAUUAUUCAA